CUAAAUAGAAGUCCCAGUACAAAUCGGGGUCCACAAAGAAACAUAGAGUCGGAUCAAGGGCUGAGAUUUUCUGAAAAAAAAUUAUAAAAUCCGGUGGGACAUAGGAAACCUAGAAGCGCAGGGAAUCGAAGGGAAAGUAACACCAACAUAGUCGCCUAUAUAUUCACCGAAAACAAGAAAUUGAAAAAGGGCCGAGACGCUUUCUAGAAAGCCUCAAUUUUCUCGCCAGCCAAACACCCACCCCGCUGGCGAAACCCUCUUUCACACCCACCACGAAUCUUGUGAACUUACCUCUAGCGUUUUCUCCACCAUGGACUCCGAGGACGACACGUACUACUACAGCAGCGACGCCGAUGAGAUUCCGUCGGACUACUGCAACAGCGGCGAAGACGACGACAACAUGGUCGCCGAGGACGAUGAGGCCGAUGGCCCUCGGAAACAAGAGCAAGACUUCGACGUCUUGAAGGAACCCGUUAUACGGCGGCGUCAGGAGAAGGAGAUCACCGAGGUAUCCACCGUCCUGGCGAUAUCGAAAGCCGAGGCAACGGUACUGCUUCUCCACUACAACUGGAGGGCUUGUGAGGUCCAGGACGCGUGGUUUGCCGAUGAAGAAGGGGUGAGAAAAUCCGCCGGCUUGUUCGAGAAACCAGUCGUUGAGUUGCCGAAGAACAGGACUUCUUGCAGCAUCUGCUUGGAAACCUGCUCUUUUCGGGUAAUGAGAUGGGCGUGUUGUGGGCAUCCCUUUUGCAGCGAAUGCUGGGGAAACUACAUAAAAUCAUCCGUCCAGGACGGACCCGGCUGUCUGAUGCUGACAUGUCCCGCUCCGUCCUGCGGUGCUGCGGUGGGGCAGGAUAUGGUGGAGUCAUUGGCAUCGUCGUCGUCGGAUAAACAGAGGUACUCACGUUACCUCAUGAGGUCUUUUAUCGAGAACAGUAAGAAUAUUAAGUGGUGUCCGGGGACGGAUUGCGAGUAUGCCGUGGAGUUUUCCGGUGGAGGCGGCGCCGGAGGCUAUGAUGUUUGCUGCCUUUGCUCUACCAGCUUUUGCUGGAAAUGUUUGGAGGAUGCUCACCGUCCGGUGGAUUGCGAGACUGUGGCGAAGUGGGUGUUCAAGAAUAGUUCUGAAGCAGAGAACGUGACAUGGAUACUUGCGAAAACGAAGCCAUGUCCCAAGUGCAUGCGACCCAUUGAGAAGAACCAUGGCUGCAUGCACAUGACGUGCGGCCGGCCCUGUAACUUCGAGUUCUGCUGGCUCUGCCUUGGCAACUGGAAGCAUCAUAAUGCAGAAACAGGUGGAUCCUAUGAUUGCAAUACUUACAAGAAUCGCGAAGAAGCGAAGGAGGCUGACGAUUUAAGAGAGAGGGCCAAGAAAUCUCUGGACAGGUAUAAUCAUUACUAUGAAAGAUGGGCAGGCAAUGAGGUCUCAAGGAAACAAGCACUCAAAACUUUUCAUGAAACGCAAACAGAGUACAUGAAGACAUUUGGCGAGUUGCAGGCGGAAACAGAGCCUCAGCUCCAGUUCAUUACACAGGCAUGGCUGCAGAUAAUCGAAUGCAGGCGGGUGCUCAAGUGGACCUAUGCAUAUGGGUACUACCUACCGGAGCAUGAGAAAACCAAGAAGCAAUUCUUUGAGUACUUGCAAGGAGAGGCGGAGUCUGGUUUGGAAAAGCUUCACCAUUGCGCAGAGAAGGAUAUUCAUGACUUCCUGGAAGAAAAGUGCUCACCUGAAAAAAUCAACAACUUCCGUGCAAAGCUUACUGAUAGGACCAAAUCGACGAGGAACUAUUUUGAGAAUCUGGUUAAGGCGUUGGAGAAUGGCCUGGAAGAUGUCUCCUCUCAGGAGGAUUGCAGCAACACGAGGAGAAGAAGGAAGGCGCAAAGAGCGGAUUGAGGAAAUCUGUCAAACAGAUGCGUCGUCAAGAUGACAAUAAUACUCAGCAAAACUUUAUUUCUGUGAAGAAUGUUGCAAUUCCAUAAUCAAACAUAACACUAGGAAAUUUAUGCAGAGUUUUUCUGUGCACAGGAAUUGGCACCGAUGAGUUUGGAUUUUGAUGUAAUUGUUAUUAUUAAUAUUUGAAAUUAUGAUUUGGUGGAUAUUUGUGGGAGAAGAAGUUUCUUUUUCCUUUUCUCAAUCUUAUAUAAACAAAAUAAUAGUGCUAUAUGAUUU